ACCCCGCAGUGAUUUUCCCCCAAGACCCCACGCUGCUGAUCGGCUCCUCGCUGGUCGCCACGUGCACGGUCAGCCCGGACUUUCACCUGAAAGCCGAGGACCUGUACUGGACCCUGAACGGCCGGCGCCUCGGCCCCUCCACGCUCAGCGUGGCCCUCGCCCACCUCAACGGCUCCAAGCAGCAGUCGGGGGACAACCUGGUGUGUCACAGCAGAGACGGGGGCAUCUUGGCCGGCUCCUGCCUUUACGUUGGACUACCCCCAGAAAAACCAGUCAACAUUACCUGCUGGUCUAAAAACAUGAAGGACCUCACCUGCAAGUGGGCGCCGGGGACGGAAGGGGAAACUUUCCUGCCCACCAACUACACCCUCAAGUACAAGCUCAGGUGGUACGGCCGAGACAACACGUGCCAGGAGUACCACACGCACAUCCCCAAGGACCUGGCCCUCUUCACGCCCUACGAGAUCUGGGUGGAGGCGUCCAACCGGCUUGGGGUGGCCGUCUCAGACGUCAUCAUGCUGGACCUGCUCGACGUGG